CGGUGCCGUCCCGGCCUGCCCCGCGCCGCCGCCGCCGCCAUGGCCGCGAUGUUCCGCGCCCGCCGCCUGCUCCGCCUCGCCCGCCCCGCGCUGCUCCCGCCGCCCGCCCGCGGCUACGCCGAGCCCGCCGCGGGCCCCGCCGCCAUGGCCUUCACCUUCGCCUCGCCCACGCAGGUGUUCUACAACGGUGCCAACGUGAAGCAGGUGGACGUGCCCACGCUGACUGGCUCCUUUGGGAUCCUGGCAUCCCACGUCCCCACGCUGCAGGUGCUCCGGCCAGGCGUCGUCACGGUCUACGCCGAGGACGGGACGGCCACCAAGUACUUUGUGAGCAGCGGCUCCGUCACCGUCAACGCCGACUCCACGGUGCAGGUGCUGGCGGAGGAGGCAGUGACCAUGGACAUGCUGGACCUGGCUACUGCAAAAUCCAACCUGGAGAAGGCCGUGUCAGAAAUGGCUGCAGCGUCCGAUGAAGCUGCUAAAGCAGAAGCUCAGAUUAAGGUAGAAGCUAACGAAGCCCUGGUGAAGGCUCUGGAGUGAUUCAGGAAUCCCACCGUGGGUGCAGAACUCCCAGCCUGUCCCUGUCCUGCUCCCCAGCUGCACAGAUGGAGUGGGACGAAUGGAGGUGGAGAAAACGUUCUCAUCAAUUAAAAGGAAAUGUAACCCCC